AUGUCAGCCGUAUCGAAAUCGGGACGAAUUUAUGACGUCAAGAAUUUAUACGGUCUGAAGCAGACGAUUGCCACUCAAAAAGCAAUGAUAUCGGCUACCAAUAAGCGUUCAUUCGUCAUAAGCAGGUCUAUGUUCCCGUCUGGGGGUCGCUACGCCGCACACGCACUCGGCUACACCCCGUAUUCGUUCAGCGCCAUGGCACGAUCAGUGACUGCAAUCCAAGAGUUCAAUAUGUUCGGCAUACCAUUCGUUGGUGCCGAUGUGUGCGGUUCUGUGACGCCAAAUUGGUGGGAUGAACUCAACAACAGAUGGAUUCAGCUCAGCGCAUCAUACCCAUUGUCCUUGAUUCGAAAAGACCCCUACUCAAUGAUCACAAUAGAUGCAAUGCCUUAUACUGGAGUCAGUCUCUUCCGAAAUCGCGUCCUACCGUAUCUGUACACGUGA